GUGUAGGAGGAGCAGCGCACUGUAUAGCGUUGAACUUGGAGGAGAAUUGAGCCGAUCGCGGAAAUACAUUUUGGUGGGACUCCAGCUACGGUUCCAACAAUGUGGAUCUCUGUUGCGAUCUCGUGUGUGGCCUUGGUCGUUUUCCUGUUCAAGUAUGCCACGCGAAACCGCGGACUGAAUCCGUUCUAUUUCGAUACCCGAGAGCCGCCCAAACCUCUGGUCUCCGAUAAGAAGGAAAAAAAUAAAGUUCUUAAACAAGGGUUUCUUGCCAGCAAGGUUCCAGAGAACCUGGAUGCCAUUGUGAUUGGCAGUGGAAUUGGCGGGCUGGGGGUGGCGGUGCUUCUUGCCAAGGUUGGGAAGCGGGUUCUGGUCCUGGAGCAACAUGACCGUGCCGGCGGCUGCUGCCACACCUUCACUGAGAAAGGGUUCGAGUUUGAUGUUGGUAUCCACUACAUUGGAGACCUGCUGGAGCACAAGCCUUUCCGCUGCAUGCUGGACCAGAUGACCAAUGGGCAGCUGCAGUGGGUGCCUCUGGAGAACCCCUUUGAUAAGGUGGUGUUGGGCCCUCCUGGCAGCAGACGGGUCUAUCCCAUCUACAGUGGCAAGAAUCGCUUCCCAGAAGAGCUGAAGAGGUGCUUCCCUGGAGAGGAGGAGGCCAUUGAUAAAUACAUGAAACUUGUCAAGAAAGUGGGGAAUGGAAUUUGGUUGAUGCCUAUGCUGAAAAUCCUCCCAGCCCCCUUGGCUAAGUUCCUGGCGUACAGCGGCCUGGCCAACUGGCUGUCCCCCUUCUUCAAGAUGGCCUCACGCAGCCUGACGGAAGUGGUCAACGAGCUGACGGACAACAAGGACCUGAGGGCUGUCUUUUCUUACAUCUUCGGGACCUAUGGAAAUAUCCCAAAGGAUGCCAGUUUCUCCAUGCACAGUCUCCUGGUGUGCCACUACCUGAAUGGUGCUUGGUACCCAAAGGGGGGCGCCAGUGAGAUUGCCUACCACAUGAUCCCCAUCAUCGAGAAGGCUGGGGGUGCGGUCUUUGUCCGCGCUCCUGUCAAUCGCAUUUUGUUCAAUGAAGCCAAGGAAGCUUGUGGUGUGAGUGUACUGAAGGGUCAGGAGGAGGUCCACAUUCACGCUCCAAUGGUCAUCUCAAAUGCUGGCCUCUUCAACACAUACCAGCAGCUGCUGCCCAAGGAGCUCCAGGCCCUUCCUGCAAUCCAGGCACAAGUCAACAUGAUGAAGAAUGGAGCAGGGGGAUUGAGUAUAUUCCUUGGGCUGAACGGAACAAAGGAGGAACUGGAUCUGAAAGCUGACAACUACUGGAUCUUCACAGAGAACAACCUGGACGAACUGGUGGAGAGCUAUAUGGAUGCAGACAGGGAGGAGUCUGCCAAGAAGGUACCUCUGCUUUUCGUUGCUUCCCCUUCAGCCAAAGAUCCAACGUGGGAGAAAAGACAACCAGGCAAGUCAACACUGAGUCUGGUCACAUUUGCCAAAUAUGAGUGGUUUGAAGAAUGGAAGGAUGGGAAGGUGACCAAUAGGGGGCCAGACUACAAAAGUCUGAAGGAGGCCUUCAUCAAUUCGAUUGUAGAUACUGUGGUCGAAGUUUUCCCCAAUAUAAAGGACAGGAUUGAAUACAUUGAUGCUGGAACCCCUGUAACAAACCAGCACUACAUCAGUGCUCCUCGUGGAGAGAUCUAUGGCUGUGACCACAACAAAUCUCGCUUCAGUGCCGAACUCAAUGUUACCAUUCGACCCCAGACACCCUUUAAAAACCUCUAUCUCACAGGUCAAGAUGUGUUCGUUUGCGGCUUUGCUGGGGCGCUGGCGGGGGCCCUCACCUGCGGCUCCGUCAUUCUCAACCGCAACUUGCAUUUGGAUGCCAUUUCCUUGGCUAAGAAGAUUAAUAACGCCAAGAACAAGAAGGGGCAGUAAUCCCCCCCACCUGCUUUCCUCGCUGAGCCCCGGAUGAGGCUUGUCUCCCUCAAAAUGGAGAGAUGAGUUCCCUUUCCCGGUGUAAUGGUCAGCCUGGAGAGGGUGCAAAAGCUCUGUAAUUGGGGUCUAAUAACCAUGUAAUGGCACUUUAUCAGCUCUUCCCUUUUAAUCCUGUGAAAAGGAGAUCCAACCGUAUAAAUGAAUAUAGUUAACAAUACAAACAUAAACCAUUAUAUUAGUAACACUUUUUUUGCCCAACCCAUUAUACACUGAUGGAUCUCUAUGUGGAAUGGAUACCACAGAGCUUUAAUGCCACAACUGGAGACAUCCAUAGGCUAGAUAGUUUAUUGGUUGAUGGCAAUGGAGGAGCUUACUGAGUGACACAUGGGCAGUUCAGAAAGAUUUUGUAGAUGUACAGUGGACUGUUCUUUGUUGCCCUCUAGGUUCUUAUUAGAAUGUCAUGUUGUCCAAGAAUCUUGAAUGACUGUACACAGAGCACUUGGGCUGCCAUUUUCUGUCUCUGCCUUACUUUUACUCAUGAAAUGUAUUGAGGGAUAUUUUGCAUCUGACCUGAGGAAGUGGCCAAAAUUGACGGAAGCAUAACUGACCAACUCAUAUGUCUCACAGACGUAACUUUUGAUAAUAGGCUAAUGUGUGAAUUCAUUCAUGAAUGAUUAUCAAAUCCUAAUAUUGAUUCUUGUGUUGGAGGUAUUCACUGUGUUGAAUGUUCGCAAUAUAUUUUCACAUUUUUUUCUUUUUUUAUUGUUGUAUAUUAUUCAGACAACGGUACAUGCCUUCAUACCUGUGGGAUCGGUGAUCAUUCUCUCACAGUUUAUGGAGGAAAUAACAGUUUGUGUGCACAAGCCUUAUAUUGAACUUUGUUUGUGGUGCUUGGCCUAACAUUUUUUCCCACAUGCGUUAUGUGUAAUUUCCUUAUCAUCAUUGCUCACUAAAUCCAACACUGCAAUAUUACUUUGUUUUAAUAGCUGCUGGAAAAUCUACAGAUGCAGUUUGGUUGCUCAUGGAAUACUAAGGGUUGUCUCCACAGCACAUUAUUUCUUUGGCAUCAAACUCCUCCUUGUCCUCAUUGUCUCUCCCCAUUGAGACUUUCUGGAAAAUAUGUUAAAGACAUUAUGUUUUAAAGAA